AUGUUCUUCGUGUUGUCUCUCCCAACCUUCGAAGACGAGUCUUCCCAAGACACGGACUUCGUGCACGGCAGCGGCCUGGCCGCGGGAGUGCUUGUGAGCUCUGCAUUGCCUGCUGCAGCAUUGGGGGCCUUCGGUGGUCAGGUCGCAAACUUGGUGGGCCGUCGCAGAACUCUGCUUGCUGUGGCAAGCCUCUUUGCGCUUGCACCGCUUGCAAUGGCUGCUGCACCAUCCUUCCUUUUCCUUCUAGCCGCCAGGUUCCUCUGCGGACUGUCAAUCGGCGUUUCCUCAGUGCUUACGAACCUCUACAUCACGGAGGUGAGUCCAGCUGUGUGCCGCGGACGCUUGGGUGGCUGGGCGCCCUUCAUUGGCACCAGCGGAAUCCUCGUAUCCUACAUAGUGUCCUCAGCGCUGCAGCCUUUCCCAUGUCAGGCAUGGAGGUGGCAGUUUGGCUUGGCAGUGCUACCUGCACUGCUGCAGCUCCUGCUGAGCCGACAGUUGCCGGAAACUCCGCGCUGGCUUCUGGCGCAGUCGCGGAAAGAGGAGGCACGGCAGAGCCUCCAGCAGCUGUUUCCAAAGGCGGCCCCGAGCUGCGUCGACGAGGAACUCUCCAGGUUGGAAGUCGACCUGGGCCACACAGCGGAGGUGGCGGCGAUCAGCUCCUGGAAUCUCUGCUCUACAGAGCACCGGGCCUCCACACUUGUGGGAGUGGCGAUCAAUGUGCUCCAGCAAGUCUCGGGCAUCAACGUCUUCAUCUACUUUGCACCUCAGAUCCUGGAAGACGCAGGCUUCGGCCGAUACUCCAUGGUCUCUACCGUGUUGGUGAGCUUGAUCCAGCUCACUGCUACGGCGGUGCUGAUCCAAUUCAUUGAUCGUGUUGGGCGCCGGCCUCUGGCUUUGAUAGGCCUUGCCGGGAUGAUGGCCGGCCUUCUGCCGCUUGGACCGUUCUAUAUAGUAGAUAUCACGUGUAACAUAUACCGCAUGCUGUAA